AUGGGUUCCGUCGCUCUACCCCGAGAGGAGGAUCUCCCUCAAGCGGAUUCGCCGCACCUCGUACUCGCUCAAUCUACUCCAGAGGAAUACCUACAAACCAUCCGACUGAACAGCGUAUCGUGGAAAGGACCGUUGACUCUGGACCAGUACAUUGACCGUGAGGAGCGCCUGUCCAAGCAAAACCUCACCAAGGAUGGGGCUCUCACGAGUUGGAUCCUGGUCGAUGGCCGGCAAGAACCCAACUCCCGUCUCAUUUUGAGCUCCUGCGAGACCUACCGAAAGCCUGCAUACCUCGCAUACCAAGGGAAAGUAGAAGAUAUCAUAUGCCAUGGAAUUGGAAGCGUGUUUGCACGCUCCGAGUUCAGAGGCCGCGGUUAUGCUGGACGCAUGAUAGAGGAACUGGCCAAGAAACUCGAUACUUGGCAAUCAGAAAAUCAACCGCGGAAGCAAGGAGUGUUUUCGGUGUUGUUUUCCGACAUCGGUAAAAAGUUCUAUGCAAGAUACGGAUGGAAGCCCUUUGAAUCUUCUCACAUGUCCCUGCCGCCGCUUGCCGAGAAGCAUUUUCAGUCCUCUCUCGAAUUGGCCAAGUUACCCGUAGCAAAAUCAUUGACUGCUGAAGACGUCCAUGAGUCGAUGUGCAGUGAAAUAGUGGAGAAGAAAAAUAGGAAUUUUCUUCAUGUCAUCUCUCAAAAAUCGCCGGGCGCCAAGGUGUCAAUUGCCCCGGAUUAUGACCAUAUCCUGUGGCACUGGGCGCGAGAAGCGUUCUACGAGGAUUCUGGAGUCCUUGAUAAGGUGCAGCCGCAGCCGCAGGUGCGAGGAGCUGGUGUUGACCACCACCACGUGUACUGUUCCUGGACCCGAAAGAUUGGUGACUCCCCGACGAGUAAUACCCUGUACAUUCUGCGAGUUAUAUAUGAUGAACCAUCAUCACCACCUGAGGAGCUGGCAACAAUUGAGGCGAUAGCGGCCGUCCUGCGACGCGCGCAAUUGGAAGCACAUAGGCUUAAGAUGAGCAAUGUGGAAUUCUGGAAUCCGUCCCCGCUAGUAGAGAAAGCCGCAAAAUUGCUGGAUCCGAAUGUCCAAGUCGUGCAUCGCGAGCAGAGUAGCAUCAGCAGUCUCAAAUGGAACGGCGCGAGCCAGGGACUAGGCGGUGAUGUCGAGUGGUUGUGGAACGAGAAGUAUAGCUGGUGCUGA